AUGAUUAGGCUUGAAACCAAAUGAAGGAUCAUGUUAAACUCCACACAGGUUUCAUAUUUCACACUUGCUGCCUACUUUGACACUGGAGUUUUUAAAUAUCUAUACUUCCUGAUUAUUCUGGCUUUUUAUAUCGCAAUAGUUUGUUCCAAUGUUUUUCUCAUUGUGAUUAUCUGUAUGAACAGAAGCUUACAUGAACCUAUGUACCUUUUUCUGUGCAGCCUGUUUGUAAAUGAACUGUAUGGUAGUACAGGGUUGUUUCCAUUCCUUCUGGUUCAGAUCCUCUCUGACAUUCACACUGUUUCUGCUCCUUUUUGUUUCCUGCAGAUUUUCUGUUUGUACUCUUAUGGGGGUAUAGAAUUUCUGACCUUAGCCAUCAUGUCUUAUGACAGAUACCUCGCUAUCUGUUACCCUCUACAAUAUAACACACAUAUGACACCUAAUAAGAUUGCCAAGCUUACUGCUCUAAUAUGGAUCUAUCCCAUUCUUAUUAAUAUUUUCAUCGUGGCUUGUCUGACUGUCCCUUUGCAGCUGUGUGGAAACAUCAUUAACAAAGUUUACUGUGACAACUAUUACGUUGUCAAACUGGCCUGCUCUGACACAACAGUCAAUAACAUUUUUGGACUUUGUCACAUGUUCACCGUAAUCUUUGGUCUUAUACUUUUAAUUCUUUACACAUACAUGAGGAUUCUUAAAGUCUGUUUUUCUGGUUCUAAACAGACCAGAAGGAAAGCCGUCAGUACCUGCACACCUCACCUUGCUUCCCUGCUCAACUUCUCUUUUGGAGCUUUCUUUGAAAUAGUGCAAGGCAGAUUUAAUAUGAGCAGAGUACCAAAUAUGUUGCGCAUUAUUUUAUCAUUAUACUGGCUUACAUGCCAGCCGCUCUUCAACCCUGUACUGUAUGGACUGAAUAUGACCAAAAUACGUAUCAUAUGCAAGAGUCUUGGUAAAAGAAUGUAG